AUCUUUAUAAAAAAAAAAAAAGAAAACAGUGGGACAGCUCUAUCUCCAUCCCCACGUUGCUGAAUAUCUUAUGCAACUGGUUGACGUAGUUGAUUUGACUUAGGAGAUACGUAUACAUAUUAAAAAAUAUUUUCCAUGAAGUGUAGAAGAAUAUACUGAAGAACAUACCUCUCCUGCCCACCCCUCUCCCCUGUGCCAUCUACACCCUCCUCAGAGGCUACUUAUUUCAUGUGUACCUUUUCGGAGGUCACCAGUGCUGAUCAUCGUUAGCUUUUAAAAAUCAUUGUGUCUUUCCUUUUUACUCUCAUUGCUGAGGCUGAGGGUUUACCCGCUGUGUUCUGCAUCUGCCUUCUCCAUAUCCCUUCCUCUCACAGACUUUGACCCUUGGUGGACAAACAACUGUGAGCAGAAUGAGUCAGACUCCAUCCCUGCCAACUGCACUGGCUGUGCCCAGAAAUUACCCCUCAAGGUAAUGCUCCUGGAAGAUACCCCGAAGAAAUUUGAGAGACUCCAUCCUCUGGUGGUCAAGACGGGACAGCUCUUGUUGUCAGAGGAGCUUCAGCGUUUCCUGUGCCAGUACCCUGAGGUAACGGAAGGUUUCAGCGAAGCGUUUUUCAACAAGUGGUGGCGCUGCUUUCCCGAACGGUGGUUCCCAUUUCCUUAUCCGUGGAGAAGACCUCUAAACAGAGCACACAUUUUACAUGAGCUUUUUCCUGUUUUCACCUACCUGCCAUUUCCAAAAGAUGCCUCUUUAAAAAAGUGCUUCCUUCUUCAACCGGAACCUAUUGUGGGUAGUAAGAUGCAUAGGAUGCAUGACCUGUUUAUCGUUGGCAGCGGUGAGGCCGUGUUGCAGCUCAUCCCCCCCGCCCAGUGCCAAAGACACUGCCAGUCGCUGGCGACACCGCUAGAGCCAGGGGACAUUGGCUAUGCCAGCGCCGCCCACUGGAAGGUCUACGUGAUAGCCAGAGGGGUCCAGCCUUUGGUCGUCUGUGAUGGGACCACCCUCUCAGAACUAUAGGAAACAAGAACUGUACAGAGGAACAACUUAGAGAGCUGAAGACCAGACUGAAAGGGGAGAAAUAAAAACAAUGAACCGGG